AAUCCCUUUGGACCAUACCUUCCUUUAUCUAAACAUAGCAAUUGUGUUUCACUGGGUCAACCGGGAUGAUAUAUAAAAGGAAAGGUUCACUUUAAAUCAUCCUUCCAGGGUUUUGGCACCAGGGGACAAGAAAAGAGGCUUCGCAGAAUGGCACCGAAGAAGGCUAAGAAGAAGGAGGGCGCUAGCUCCAACGUCUUCAGCAUGUUUGAGCAGUCCCAGAUCCAGGAGUUCAAGGAGGCGUUCACUAUCAUGGACCAGAACAGAGAUGGCUUUAUUGACAAGAAUGAUCUGAGAGACACAUUUGCAGCCCUCGGGCGUCUCAACGUGGGCAACGACGAGCUGGAUGAGAUGCUGAAGGAAGCCCCCGGGCCCAUCAACUUCACCGUUUUCCUGACCAUGUUUGGCGAGAAGCUGAAAGGUACAGACCCCGAGGAAACCAUUCUGAACGCCUUCAAGAUCUUUGACCCAGAAGGAAAAGGAAUUCUCAGAGGAGAUGAGAUUAAAUACCACCUCAUGUCCCAAGCGGAUAAGUUCUCUGAGGCGGAGGUGAACCAGAUGUUCACGAACUUCCCCCUGGAUGUCGCUGGGAACCUGGACUACAAGAACCUGUGCUAUGUCAUCACCCACGGCGAGGAUAAGGAGCAAGAGUAAGGCGGGAUGGGCUGCUCCUGAGAUGUAACUGUACAUAACCUCCCCUUGAUGACCUGCCUCACAUCUCAUUGUCAAUAAAAAUCUUGUAUCAAAUUUA